CAAUUGCUCCCCUUGAUGCAUUGAAGGCAGGUUUCAGGCGCAACUUCGCUCAAGCGCAACCUCCAACAUCGAAUAGACAGUCGUAGGCCUCGGAACGCGAUGUCGGUGCUGCUGACGCGACUGUCUUCACCUACGCGUAGUUUCGCGUGCAGGAGCUUGAGAUAUGGCUCCAUGUGCAUUCGUACACUGAGCACUGCUGGCAAUGGCAAGAUUGACCAAGCGCUUCGUCGGUCAUAUCUCUAUGUACCCUCGUCGUCUGACCGGAUGCUGGACAAGUCUUUGAGUACACCAUCCGACGUCAUCAUAUACGACCUCGAGGACAGCGUGCCGCCUUCUCCUUUCGACAAAGAAAGUGCAAGACAAAGAUUGAGUACGUUCCUAAACCGUACACCAGAGCACAAGCUCCCGCAUCCCGAGCGUAUCGCUGUCCGCCUUAACGACAUCACUACGCCUUUCUUCGAGAACGAUAUCUCCGAAGUACUCAAAUCACCCUUUGUCCGAACACUUGUGCUCCCUAAGAUCCACUCCAUCCGCGACCUCCAUCACGUCUCACGAGCCAUCCAAACUUCACGGGCAAGAAUCUCCACGCCAUUUCCUAUACGGAUCGUUGCGAGCAUCGAAAGCGCUCGCAGCGCGUGGAAUCUUGGGGAGAUUGCUUCUUGGACUUCUGAGUAUGGUCCAGAUGUAGGUGGAAAGUUGGGUGCCCUGCUCUUCGCAGCAGAAGAUUAUUGUGCGGAUACUUCGGUUGUGCGGACACCUUCAAGACUUGAGCUUCUCUAUGUACGGUCCCAGAUUGCAAUUGCUGCCAAGGCUUUCGGAUUGGAUGCGAUAGAUAUGGUUUGUGUCAACUACAAGGACCUUGAUUAUCUAAAAGACGAAUGCGAAGAUGGAAGGAGACUUGGUUUCAACGGAAAGCAAGCUAUCCACCCCACACAAGUUGAUACCAUUCAUUCGACAUUUGUUCCUACCGAGAAAGAAAUCCUUCGCGCCGCAAAUAUUCUCCACCAGAUGGAAGUUGCGCAUUCCUCUCAGAAGGGUGCCUUCGGUCUAGAGCUGGAGGGGGGUGGUAAAGAGAUGAUCGACGCUCCGAUGUUGAAGCAGGCUGAGAAUAUCAUCCGGGUGGCCAAGGCAGCUGGCUUGGAAAUACCUGUUGUAAGUUAGUAUUGUGAAUGAAUAUAUUACGUUCAAGUGCAAUAGAUGGCGAGU